AUGGCGAAACGCUUCAAGCUAAAGAUAUCCCGUUUCUUGUUCCAAUCUUGCCGUUCCAAAGAUCCUUCUGAUUUCCCCUCAAAUCCCGUCCCUUCUUUCUCCAGACUUUCUUCUCUCAACCCUAACCCUAUCACCCUCCAUUUACCCCCAUCACCCCCGCAACAAACUCCUCAUUGCUCUUCCCUCAAACGCCACGUUUCAUCGGCGUUCUCGUCUAUGGGUUGCGGUCUCCGAUCAAGAUCGUCCGCACCUUGUUUCUCUGAAACUGAACGCAGCCAAUCGCCUCCGCCGCUGACGUCGGAGUUUCACUGGGAAAGAGAAGAUGGAUGGCACGUGAUCGCCAAAGUUCUCGACGACGACGAAACCCCUCGUCGUAAAAUCUACUAUACCUCUGACAAUAACAACGACCUUUUCAUCUCUCCAUCUAAGCCUCCCAACACGGAAAAGAGAAAACGACGAUGGAAAAAGAAGAAAACAACGCCAAAAACCCGCAUAAGGAAGUCAUCAGUGGAAAGCUUUGACGACGAAGAAACAGAAAGCCUAGUCUCAUCUUCUGGGAGUUUCACAACUGAUUCCUCUUCAACCAUACGCAAAACAAUGAUCAUGGGGCAUAGAAAGAGGAUGAAGAAAAACAGGAAAGUAAAGAAGGCAACAAGAAGGAGCGACAUGAUGAGAUUAACGUCGUCGGAGAGCGAGUCGCCGGCGAGACUUUCGAGCUUUCUGCAACGGAUGGUACCAUGCACGGUGGAUGGAAAAGUCAGUGAGAGUUUUGCAGUGGUGAAGAAAUCAGAGGAUCCAUGCAAGGAUUUCAAGCAGUCGAUGAUGGAGAUGAUAUUUGAGAAUCAAAUGUUCGAGAACGAGGAUUUGGAACAACUCUUGCAUUGUUUCUUAUCUUUGAAUUCUAGGCAUCAUCAUGGCGCCGUUGUUCAGGCUUUUGCUGAGAUUUGGGAGACUUUGUUUUCUACGAGAUCCACCAGUUCUCGAGUUUCAUUUGCUUUUAAUUAA